CGCAAGCGCAGUACACUCGUGGACUAGGUUUGGAGCGCACGUGUCGGCUUCAUUUAACCUCAAACUUAAAAAGAUGUUACCAAUCAAUCUAAACAAAGUAAAUAGUGACGAAUUUAAACAGUUUAUUGAUUCCUUUGACCAUGUUUUUUCGGAUUGUGAUGGUGUAAUAUGGAAUAAGGACCCUUUGCCAGGUUCCGGGGAUUUCUUUAAUUUAAUGAAAAAGUUCGGCAAAACUGUACAUUUUGUGUCAAAUAACAGUUUACGAAGUAAAGAAAAUUAUGAGAAACAGUUUCACAACGCUGGUAUAGAUAAUGGAUAUGUAAACCUCACAGUUCCCUCGACAGCAAUAGCGGAGUAUUUAAAAUCAGUUAAUUUCAACAAAUUCGUAUACUGUGUGUCGUGUCCGGAAACAAUUUCAGUUUUGACAUCAAAUGGCUUCAAAUGUAAGGAGGGGCCAGAGCAGAUUUCGGAUUACUAUGGUGAUUUCCUUCAGUACACCGAAGAUGACGAAGAUAUAGGUGCAGUUGUAUUUGAUAGUGACUUCAAAGUGAACCUGCCAAAACUGUACAAAGCCAUCACUUACCUGGAGAGAUCUGACGUUAUCUUCCUGAGCGGUGCCACGGACAAAUACGUACCUUUGAAGCCUGAUCGAUUAACGUUAGGUACAGGCAUUUUUACACAAAUAGUAUGUGAAGAGUCAAAACGUUCGCCUAUACAGUUGGGCAAGCCGGGGCGGGAGUUUGGCGAAUUCGCAAUGAAACGAGCGAAUGUCACCGAGCCCAGUCGAGUACUUUUUAUUGGAGAUAUGAUUGAACAAGACAUUGGCCUUGGCAAGAAUGUAGGCUUUAAAACACUACUGGUUUUGACACAUAGAACAAAAGAAGAAAUGCAGUCACAUACUAUCAAGCCAGAUUUCUUUGCGGAUUCAUUGGGAAGCUUGAUACCUCAACUUAAUAUGGCUUUAAAUUAAAUGGACAACAUUCGUCUGUAUUAAAGAAACACUUACACGAUAAAUGCUUUAUCAACACUAGUUUUUAAUGGUUCAAUAAAUGUGAUUCUUAGAACUUUUCAAAAUGCUUUUUUUUAUAGAACAGGGGGUAAACGGGCAGGAGGCUCACCUGAUGUUAAGUGAUACCGCCGCCCAUGGUCACUCUCGAAGCCAGAAGGCUGUGUUGCCAGCCCUUUAAAGAAUUGGUACGCUCUUACGUAACAUCUUUGAUCCGAUGUUAGCAUAUAACAUUUGAUAUUAUUGUAUAACAUAUUGGAAAUAUAUGUUACACCCUUAUUCAGAAACCAGCAGAAGACCGAAUGUUUCAAUCAAAAUGACGAUAACAUAGAAUACCUAGUCGUCCCUAGUGUGAAAUAUGUCGUAUAAUUUUACUGAGAGUUAGCUUAGUCUUAGUUCCCAUGGGGCCCACGCCUCAGGGGGUGGGGGGGAAUUGAUUGUUAAGCUAUUCGAAAAUUUAUUAAAAUUACUUGGAUUUUGAAUUUCAGUAUUUCAUUAUGUUUUGAAAAUUAACUUGCUUAUAGUUAACAAAUUCCUAGUAAUUUUUCUUACCUUACUUAAACCUAACAUUUAAGUUUCUUAAGGGAACAAUUAAAUUUUUAAUUAAACAAGUUGUAUGUUACAUUGCCUAAGAGUUACCUAGAAAGGGCACAGCACAAAAAACGAUGGGAGACCAGUACUUCCGCAACAUAUAUUAAGACACGGAAAGCCGAAUUCAGAUUAUACUUAUUAUUAUUUGUUCAUGCUCAUCUUUUUUAUACCAGUAUACGAAUAGGAUUUGUCGUUGUUUAAACUAAUAAUAAAGAAAUACAUAUCAAAAAUGUAUUGCGUAACUAAACUCAACGUUUUCGAUUAGUUAAAUAGACUAAUUUGGAGGUUUUUUACGGAACCUGCCGGAUUUUAAAAGCAUGUGUAGUACAGUUAUAUAAAAAGUCCAUAAUCAAAUACAGCUCUUAACCGGGAUUAAAUAGCAAUUAUAUCCAAUUUCUACACGCCUCAGCCAAAGAUUGUGCACAGGUGGCUUUUGCGGCAGUUUCAUAUUGCCUUUAUUAUUUAAUCAGGCGUCUAAAUUUGAGGCUCGAAUUAGGAAAUCUCAUUUGUUUCAACGCAAUCAAAUCUACGCUUAUUUCUUAUCCCCUUAGCUGGUUAGCAUGUUAUACAGUUUCAAUUUAUGGUCAGCACAAAAAUAUUUUGAUUGAGCCCCAAGAUUGUAUGGUUUUGGAAGGAUUAAAGUCAUAAAAGGUCAUUUUAUUUUUUCCUCUUAAAUUGAGUAUACAAUUUUACAUCUAGAGCACUUGGGAUACUUUUAUAGUGCUAUUAAAAAAUCAACUCUGUAUAGACGAGAAAAUUUCUGAAACAAUCAUUAAUUUUAACAAAGGGCCGUUCAUUUGUUUUCGACUAAGCUUAUUACAAUUCCGUUUAUUAAUACUUGUAGAGUGUUAAACUUUAUUGUUCGUAUCAUAAAAGAUAAUGCUCUGAACAUUUAUAAAUUUUAUUAGCUUUGAAAUAAUACAAUUAUGCUUUGGCUAUCUUAUCUGUGUUGUAGCGUCUUAUUAAAAGGCUAUCUUAAAAAUUAUUAAGAUUUGUUAAAC